AUGAACCUACCGGUGGUUGGUCGUGUCUGGUUCCGAGGUCAUUGGUAUAAGGUUGAAUACGAAGGAUUACACCUUCUUUGCUCCAAGUGUGGUUGUUAUGGCCAUAUGAUACGACAAUGCACUAAAGCUCCCACACCCUUGCAGGUAGCUAUUUCAACAGAGAACCCGGCGGCGCCUAUGGGGAGCGAAGCGGCGGCGACAGAAGAUAUGCAGCAAUCAGAGGCAACAGUGGGUAGGGCUGGCGUGGCACAAAGCCAGAGUGAGGUGUCCAACAAUGCAUUAACUCCGCUUCAUGUGGCGGUGAAUUCUGAGGCGAUAACUGCUUCUCCAGUUAAGGAAACAAUUGCGAAUCAUGGGGAAAUUAAAAGAGGUUCCAUUAUGGGGGAUUCUGUGGAAGAUACUCCUGAUAUGCAUGGCACGUGGUUAACAGUGACACGGAGAAAAGCUAGCCCUAAAUCACAACCCUCGAAAACACAGGGGCCCAGAAAAGUACCAGAUAGAACAAAUUCCAAAAUUCGAGGGAUAAGUAAGGACCCCAUCCUUGGUGGAGCCCUUGCAGCGAGAAAGAUCAAAGAGAGAGAUAACAGGCUGGCACACAAGUACUCGAGCCAGGGGAAGUCCACUGCCGACAAUUAUAUGAAUGAACCACAGGGGAAGAAAAGGUUGAGAGCCUCACCCCAAGUCAACCUCAACGAGAAAGAACCCCCUAGGGCACCCAAUAUAACAGUAAGAAGCUCCUCCAACCUAGCAAACACUUCUUCUGCAAUGGAACCUGUAAAGCAGAAGGAAGCCCUGGAGCAGGAAAGACCAAUAAUGAUGAACGUUGACCAUAUAGCAGGAAACCACUAUAGGUUUGUGGAUACUGACGUGGAACAGGAUAUGGAGUGCACUGAGCCUCUUAAGGAACUUGCAGAGGAUGUCACAGCACCAACGUGA